AUGGCCGUUAUCAAUAAAGUUUAAACAAGGGGAGGUCACCGGCAAAUCUACCAACCAAGCAAAACUACCGUCCCCAAUAAAUCUUCGAAGCUAAAUUCAUGGCUGCUGCUGUUACAGCUCUUCAUGCUUUUCCAGUGAAGGUUAGAGCUUCAUGGGAUACGCAUCAUAGACUCCCUUACAAUCCCCAUCGUACUUACCCCAAAAAUCCCAACAGUCUUACUCCCGCCAAUUCAAACCCUGAACAAACCCUAAAAUCUAACUCACCAGAACGCAAUUCGAUAUCUGUUUCGGCUCUUCUCAGUCGAAAAUCUCCAACUCCAAGUCAAGUUCGUUUGGAAGAAACAUAUAUGGGCUAUGACACAUGGUUGCCGAGCGCGCCGAAAGUGGAAAAACCUCGCUCGACGUACAAUGCUGCCUCACUAGCAUACAUUGGAGACUGCAUAUACGAGCUAUAUGCCCGCAGGCAUUUUCUGUUUCCACCAUUAAGUAUUGAAGAGUAUAAUGAUCGUGUGAUGGCAGUAGUACGCUGUGAAGCCCAGGAUGCAAUGCUCAAGAAACUACUGAAUGAUAAAGUAUUAUCUGAAGAAGAAAGGGACGUUCUUCGUUGGGGAAAGAAUAUUUCUUCCUCCAAAACACGGACCAAAAAGCGCGCUGGUGUAGCAGUUUACAACAGAGCAUCAUCUUUGGAGACACUGGUUGGUUAUCUAUACCUUACGAACAUGAGACGUCUAGAGGAGAUCAUGCUAAAGCUUGGCUUCUCAUCGGGUGUUUCUACGCAAAUGAUCCUGGAAGAAGCAAGCGCUACUCAAAAUAGUUGAUGAGGUGAUGAUAGAGGAGCUAUAAUCGACCUGCUGAUGUGGCGACACCGUUGUUAAUCGCGUGGUUGUGGAUCAAUAUAUUGUAAAAAGACGAGUUCGGGAGAAGAAUUUCGAAAAGGUCUUGUCCUUCCCAGUUCCAACCAUCUCAUUUUCAUCUUCAAUUUGAUUCUUGUAUUUAGUCAUUGCAACUUUGCAAGAUUCAACAGGGAUGAACGCAAUGCAACAGUUGUUUCCGUGAAAACCCUGGUUUGUAAAGAAAAGAUGGAGAGUUGAUGAG